AUGACCUCUAUCGCACCUCUCGAUGUCUGGGUUGACAACCUCUUUGGCGAGAUUUGGUUUCAACCAGAUGACGAGAAAGCAUUCGCUGCGUUCGAGGCGGCUCUGAGUGAAGAUAUCCGCAUCGAGUUUGUAAACGGUGCCGUUCUUCCACGCUCCGUCUACUUGGGUUUUGUCAAGAGUUACCGUAAGGAGAGCUUCGGCACGGACCUGGGCAAUCCUAGUCUGUCCAUGAACAUCAACGAUGCCGACAAGCAGACCGGUACAGUCGCCCAAUUCGGCAAGUUUAGUACAAAGAACAAAGCCACAGGGAAGGAGACUCUGUCAACGGCGGCAACGAUUAUCGAGGUCGAAUUUCGUGACGGGAAGAGAGUGAUGACGAGUUUAACGGAAGUGACAAAUUAG